AUGGAGUCGAAAGCAUGCAGUAGUUGCGCCAGAGCCAGGAGGAGGUGUGGUAGGCAAAGGCCAGACUGCGCGCGCUGCAGGACGCGGGGAAUAAGCUGCCAUUAUCCACCGUCAAAGCCGCCCCGUUUCAUCCCGCUUGUGGACGACGCUCCUGGCACUGUUGCAGUCAAGCGACCGUCUUUUGAGCUCCUCAUCCCUAGCCUAGCUGUACCUCCCUCUCUGGAGAACGGUUGGUUUGCUUCUCCGGAGAGCUGGACGAUAGAUGCGCCGCCAUCUGACCUGGUAUUGGCUACUACCAACAGAAUCUCUUCGGUGGACCUAGAUCGCCUCUUGAAAACAGUUCUUGGCUGGUUGGUCCAAUGGGUAGAGGAGGGAAGCAACCCUUUCAUUUAUCGGGAAUUGUAUCGACACCGGUUUCCCCAAUGUAUCCAAGAUGCGUACCUGUCGCUGUCUUCCUACCUCCACAGCACUGCGUCGAAUAAGCAAAUGAUUUUUCGAAUCAUUGAACAUCGAGUGUUGCAGCUCGUGGCGCAAGGCGUCCCGUCGCAAGGCCUGGCGUCUGGAGGUGGCAGUGACGACACAGCGACAUUCGAUGCGCUUGAGCACCUCGCCCGGGUGCAGUCAUUACUCGUGUACCAAUGCAUCGGCUUAUACGAUGGCAAUAUUCGCCUCCGCCACCUAGCAGAACAACACAUCCCUGUGCUGGAGAGUUGGCUCUUUCAGCUCGUCUCGCAAGCCAGCCAGACAACAUGCAGCGGAGAAUCACUCAUAUCCGCGCCUUCGGAGCAGAUCGCAGCACCUACCUCAAUACCAUGCGAUAACCUGCUCUGGUAUUCUUGGAUCCUUGCUGAAAGCACUCGACGCACCUGGCUCAUCACCUCCGGGAUACAAGGGCUAUACAAGCUCAUACGAGACGGCACAGCGUCUUGCAUGGGCGGCACUAUUUUCACGAGUCGUCGGGGGUUCUGGGAAGCUCCGUCUGCUUUGGCGUGGGAGAAGCAGUGUUGCGAGCUGUACACGGGGCUGGUGCGGCUUACGGAAGUGGACAAGAUGUUUGCGAUGGUUCCACGGGCCGAGAUCAACGACUUUGCGAAGGUAAUUCUCGAAUGCACGUUCGGUUUGGAACAGACGGAGAGAUGGGGCGUGUAG